UGCUGAGUCAACCGGGGCGCUUUUAGGGCUGAACUAUAGAUCGAGAUUAAUGCGCUGGCCCAUUGCCGCAAAUACGUUGCGAAGCCUUAAUGCGUAUCGGAGUUUUCACAGCCCUGUGACGGCGUUAGCAGCUUCGGUUGGGGAAAAUAACUGAAAUCCUGGUCUACUUUGGGCGUUGAAAUAAAACACGAUGAAACUGGACGAAAUCAUCCCACUCCUCGGCAACUUUGGCCGCUACCAGUUCGUGAUGAUAUGCUACCUGGGUCUCUUCAAUAUUAUCGGUUGCUUCACGUCUCUGGGCAACGUGUUCUACUCGGCUGGGACCGACCACUGGUGUAAGGUCUUGCCCAAUGAGAACUGCUCCAGCUGGGUGGAGUUCCAAGACAACUGCACCGACGUGAAGAAAACCAUCCUCCUUCCCCCAGCCGAGAGGAAUGAAAGUCAGUACCCUCACUCCAAUUGCAAGCAGUGGAACUUGCCAGUCGGCUACACGUUUAAUCCGUACGUGCCGCUCGACGAAACACCGGGUUUCAACAACACCCUAGUCGACUGCACGGAAGGAUGGGAGUUCGACACCUCACAGUACAAAAUCACCACCAUUUCAGAGUUCGGCUUGGUGUGUGAUCAAGAGAGUCUACCCAGUCUAGCACAGUCUAUCUACUUUGCCGGCUUUCUUGUCGGGUCGUUUGUUGGUGGUGCAUUUUCUGAUUGGAUUGGUCGCAAGAAGGUCGUAAUCAUUGGCCAGUUAUUAUGGGUGACUUGCCUUGUAGCUACAACGUUUUCUGUUAACAUCUACAUGUACAUGGCGCUACGAUUCAUUACUGGGUUCGGGAAUUUAGCUGCUUACGUGAGCUUAUACGUACUAGUUUUGGAAGUUGUGGGCAAGUCAUGGCGAACGGCGGUGACCAUGAUCGUCGGCAUGCUAUACGCAGUCGGGUACUUUUUCAUUGCAACUGCGGCCAUGUAUCUCAGGGAAUGGCGCUCUCUGUCGCUGACUCUCUCUGUCACAUCAGUGACUUUGUUCGUGCCAAUGAUAUUCCUACAAGAGUCGAUUAGAUGGUUGGUUUCUAAGGGCAGGAUCGAUGAGGCCGAAGCAGUCGUUCGGAGGGUGGCCAGAUUCAACAAGAGGACUUUGCCGGAUGUGCUAUUCGAUAAAGAGGACAUCGCGAAAGAAAUGGAAACAAAGAAGUCAUUGAUCCCUCCCUCAGCCAUUGAUCUGUAUAAAACGCCCAACAUGGCCGUCAAGACGCUUAAUAUGCAGUAUAACUGGUUUGUCAACAGUUUGGUGUACUUCGGGCUGUCACAGAGCACUGGCGAUCUCGGCGUGGACGACUACUGGGCCUUCUUCGUGUCUGGAGCCGUGGAAAUCCCGGCCCUGGUCUACGCCACCUUCGGCGUGGAAUGGAUUGGUCGCAAAUGGAACACGGGGGUGCUGGAGUUGAUCGGCGGCGCAGCCUGCUUGGCAACUAUCUUCAUCCCCGUUGGUAUUUGGAGGACCGUCGUGUCCAUGAUUGGGAAGUUCUGUAUCUCCGCCACAUUCAGCAUCAUAUAUCUCUACUCGACAGAACUGUUUCCCACACCCGUUCGGGCUGUUGGACUGGGGCUGUGUUCCGUCGCAGCUCGAGUCGGCGGGAUUCUCUCUCCUAUCAUCCUGCUCCUGAGGAACCUCGUGUCCGAUCUGCCGCUCAUCAUUUUCGGCUCCUGUGCCCUUGUGGCAGGGAUUUUGGCGCUCUUCUUGCCGGAAACGCGUGGCCAGCCGCUGCCUCAGACGCUGAAAGAAGGCGAAGAAAUUGGAAGAUGUCGCUGCAUGGGUGACAACGCCUACGGAGAGUCCAGCAUUGAACUUGACGAUAUGGAUGUCAACGGAGAGGGCGUCUUUGCGAUUUCCAACGCAGCUUUUGAUCACGGAGAGAAGAAAUAUCGCGACUUCUCACAGCAAUUCUCCAAAGGAAUGCAUGAGAGUUCGCAUAUGUAACGGAAGAAUUUUUCACCCGUCACUAUAGCCAGGGAAAAAAAGAAAAGAAAAGAAACGAAAGAAAAAAAACCCACCAAACUUUUUUUUUCAUUCGCUGACGUACCGGUACCGUAUUACGGUAACGAGCUAGGGGUUUGUAUGAUACCGUUCUAUGGUGGUUGCAGUAAAGGACUACACACAACAGUAACCUUUUCAUUAAUUCAUAUUCUUUAUGUGACUGAGAAGGAUGUGUAGGUGUGUAUGUGUACAUAACCUAUAAGAACUUUAGAGCUUUGGACUAUAGAAGCCAGCUGAAGUAAGUGUCCUUGUAUCUAGUCAUUUGUAGUAAAAUAUUUUGUCAAUGUCUUUAUGAUUGGUAACCGAGUUAUUCGGAUUUGUUUGUAUUUUUUUAUAUUGUUUAAACACGGCGGCAGUUUAUUACAAAAUUAGGUAGCUUGUACAUAUACCACGUUUCCUAUUUCACAAGGGGUGACUUUCAGGCAAAACCAUUGGAACAUGCAUAUACAGACUGCUGCAGGAUCAAAAUUUGACCAGGGAAAGGGAGUUACGGAAAUUGACGCCUGAAAGUAGGUGAUCAGUAGUUCUCUUUUCUGUGAAUUGCUAAAGAACCUUGGGUUGGAGAUAAAAACAGAGAGACGUGGUGUCAAAAUUUGUAGAAAUUACGCUAAUAAUGUAGGCAUUAAAACGCCUGUAAAUUAGACUCCCUCUAAGCGGGAUCAAAGUAUUCCACUUUCCUCUACAUUAAUGCAAUAUGCAUUUUAUUUACGACGUUCAGUCCAUGUCCUUACGAGUACCACAUAAAUCAUCGUCUCAAGACGAGUCACCAGCCGUUUGAGCAAACGGUGUCGAUAUUUUUCCUUUCAUUUUUCAAGCAUAGCGGCCCAAUAGGGAGUUUAAAAAGCUGUGUAUGCUUCAUUUGUACCUGUAACAUUUUCAUUUGAGUAUCUAUUGGUUGGGGCAGGGGGAAAGUGCCCCCUCCCCUGACAGAAAACCUGAAAGA